UGCUUCUGGAGACUCUCCAUCUGUUCUGGAGGAGAUCACUUGUCCAACUGUCAAGGUUCUGCAGGGAACGAAGAUCUGGUACCAGUCACGCUCCUUUUUCCUUGGAAAGACCAGCCUGGCCUUCGGGUUUCUACUGCCCUAGACCUCUUUAGCCCCUACAGCCCUGGAUUCAGUCAGAGCCUGCGUGCAUGUGUAUUUGGGAUGCUCUGCCGGGCGCACACCUAUCCCGGCCUCCAAGGCGUGGAGUUCACUGCGGCGCUUUCUCGCCCCGCCCCACCCCUGCAGGCCCCGCCCUUGGUCCGGAAUAUUUAAAGAAGAAUGUGCCGCUGGAGGCGUGCUAGGGAGUGGAGAUCGUCUGAUAAGGAGACCCUCUAACAGAGACACGCACAAUAAUACGCAGAUGUAGGCUCAAAAGACACGCGUUUCGCGUCCUGAAAUUCCGCUUCGAGGGCAAGCUCCACUCGCUUUCUUUUCUGAUAUUGUUUGUCCCUCGCGAGGCACCGUUGGGUCGCGCAGGAGGCGUGACUAGGGGCGGGAAGUGGGGCGGGAGCGGGGCCGCGGAGCCUGGGCUGCCGCUGUCAUGGACGCCUGGGUCCGGUUCAGUGCUCAGAGCCAAGCCCGGGAGCGGCUGUGUAGGGCCGCCCAGUAUGCUUGCUCUCUUCUUGGCCAUGCGCUGCAAAGGCAUGGAGCCAGUCCUGAGUUACAGAAACAGAUUCGACAGCUGGAGGGCCACCUGAGCCUUGGAAGAAAGCUUCUACGCCUGGGUAACUCAGCAGAUGCCCUUGAGUCAGCCAAAAGAGCUGUUCACCUAUCAGAUGUUGUCCUGAGAUUCUGCAUCACUGUUAGUCACCUCAAUCGAGCCUUGUACUUUGCCUGUGACAAUGUCCUGUGGGCUGGAAAGUCUGGACUGGCUCCCCGUGUGGAUCAGGAGAAGUGGGCCCAGCGUUCAUUCAGGUACUAUUUGUUUUCCCUCAUCAUGAAUUUGAGCCGUGAUGCUUAUGAGAUUCGCCUACUGAUGGAGCAAGAGUCUUCAGCUUGUAGCCGGCGACUGAAAGGUUCCGGAGGAGGAGUCCCCGGAGGAAGUGAAACUGGGGGACUUGGGGGACCAGGGACUCCAGGAGGAGGUCUGCCCCAGCUGGCUCUGAAACUUCGGCUGCAAGUCCUGCUCCUGGCUCGAGUUCUUAGAGGUCUCUGCUCCCCCUUUAACCUGGAUGAACAUCACCCACGCCUAUUCCCAGGGCCACCAGAAGCUGAAUUUGGAUACAGUGUCUUACAACAUAUUGGGGGUGGACAGCGAUGGAUGCUGGUGGGCGCCCCCUGGGAUGGGCCUUCAGGCGACCGGAGGGGGGAUGUUUAUCGCUGCCCUGUAGGGGGGGCCCACGAUGCCCCAUGUGCCAAGAGCCACUUAGGUGACUACCAACUGGGAAAUUCAUCUCAUCCUGCUGUGAAUAUGCACCUGGGGAUGUCUCUGUUAGAGACAGAUGGUGAUGGGGGAUUCAUGGCCUGUGCCCCUCUCUGGUCUCGUGCUUGUGGCAGCUCUGUCUUCAGUUCUGGGAUAUGUGCCCGUGUGGAUGCUUCAUUCCGGCCUCAGGGAAGCCUGGCACCCACAGCCCAACGCUGCCCAACAUACAUGGAUGUUGUCAUCGUCUUGGAUGGCUCCAACAGCAUCUACCCCUGGUCUGAAGUUCAGACCUUCCUACGAAGACUGGUAGGGAAACUGUUUAUUGACCCGGAACAGAUACAGGUGGGACUGGUACAGUAUGGGGAGAGCCCUGUACAUGAGUGGUCCCUGGGAGAUUUCCGAACGAAGGAAGAAGUGGUGAGAGCAGCAAAGAACCUCAGUCGGCGGGAGGGACGAGAAACAAAGACUGCCCAAGCAAUAAUGGUGGCCUGCACAGAAGGGUUCAGUCAGUCCCAUGGGGGCCGACCCGAGGCUGCCAGGCUACUGGUGGUUGUCACUGAUGGAGAGUCCCAUGAUGGAGAGGAGCUUCCUGCAGCACUAAAGACCUGUGAGGCUGGAAGAGUGACACGCUAUGGGAUUGCAGUCCUUGGUCACUACCUCCGGCGGCAGCGAGAUCCCAGCUCUUUCCUGAGAGAAAUUAGAACUAUUGCCAGUGAUCCAGAUGAGCGAUUCUUCUUCAAUGUCACAGAUGAGGCUGCUCUGACUGACAUUGUGGAUGCACUAGGAGAUCGGAUUUUUGGCCUCGAAGGGUCCCAUGCAGAAAAUGAAAGCUCCUUUGGGCUGGAAAUGUCUCAGAUUGGUUUCUCCACUCAUCGGCUAAAGGAUGGGAUUCUCUUUGGGAUGGUGGGGGCCUAUGACUGGGGGGGCUCUGUGCUAUGGCUUGAAGGAGGUCACCACCUUUUCCCCCCACGAAUGGCUCUGGAAGACGAGUUCCCCUCUGCACUGCAGAACCAUGCAGCCUACCUGGGUUACUCUGUUUCUUCCAUGCUUUUGCGGGGUGGACGCCGCCUGUUUCUCUCUGGGGCUCCUCGAUUUAGACAUCGAGGAAAAGUCAUCGCCUUCCAGCUUAAGAAAGAUGGGGCUAUGAGGGUUGCCCAGAGCCUCCAGGGGGAGCAGAUUGGUUCAUACUUUGGCAGUGAGCUCUGCCCAUUGGAUACAGAUAGGGAUGGAACAACUGAUGUCUUACUUGUGGCUGCUCCCAUGUUCCUGGGACCCCAGAACAAGGAAACGGGACGUGUUUAUGUGUAUCUGGUGGGCCAGCAGUCCUUGCUGACCCUCCAAGGAACACUUCAGCCAGAACCCCCGCAGGAUGCUCGGUUUGGCUUUGCCAUGGGUGCUCUUCCUGAUCUGAACCAAGAUGGUUUUGCUGAUGUGGCUGUGGGGGCACCUCUGGAGGAUGGGCACCAGGGAGCACUGUACCUGUACCAUGGAACCCAGAGUGGAGUUAGGCCCCAUCCUGCCCAGAGGAUUGCUGCUGCCUCCAUGCCACAUGCCCUCAGCUACUUUGGCCGAAGUGUGGAUGGCCGGCUAGAUCUGGAUGGAGAUGAUCUGGUCGAUGUGGCUGUGGGUGCCCAGGGGGCAGCCAUCCUGCUCAGCUCCCGGCCCAUUGUCCACCUGGCCCCAUCACUGGAGGUGACCCCACAGGCCAUCAGUGUGGUUCAGAGGGACUGUAGGCGGCGAGGCCAGGAGGCAGUCUGUCUGACUGCAGCCCUCUGCUUCCAAGUGACCUCCCGUACUCCUGGUCGCUGGGAUCGCCGAUUCUACAUGAGGUUCACAGCAUCACUGGAUGAAUGGACGGCUGGGGCACGUGCAGCAUUUGAUGGCUCUGGCCAGAGGCUGUCCCCUCGGAGGCUCCGACUCAGUGUGGGGAAUGUCACUUGUGAGCAGCUACACUUCCAUGUGCUGGAUACGUCAGAUUACCUCCGGCCUGUGGCCUUUACUGUGACCUUUGCCUUGGACAAUACCACAAAGCCAGGGCCUGUGCUGGAUGAGGGCUCACCCACCUCUAUACAAAAGCUGGUCCCCUUCUCAAAGGAUUGUGGCCCUGACAAUGAAUGUGUUACAGACCUGGUGCUUCAAGUGAAUAUGGACAUCAGAGGCUCCAGGAAGGCCCCAUUUGUGGUUCGAGGUGGCCGGCGGAAAGCGCUGGUAUCUGCAACUCUGGAGAACAGGAAGGAAAAUGCUUACAAUACUAGCCUGAGUCUCAUCUUCUCUAGAAACCUCCACCUGGCCAGUCUCACUCCUCAGAGAGACAGCCCAAUAAAGGUGGAAUGUGCAGCCCCUUCUACUCAUGCCAGGCUCUGCAUUGUGGGGCAUCCUGUCUUCCAGACUGGAGCCAAGGUGACCUUUCUGCUAGAGUUCGAAUUUAGCUGCUCCUCUCUCCUGAGCCAAGUCUUUGUGAAGCUGACUGCCAGCAGUGACAGCCUGGAGAGAGAUGGAACCCUUCAAGAUAACACAGCCCAGACCUCAGCCCACAUCCAAUAUGAGCCCCAUCUCCUCUUCUCUAGUGAGUCUACCCUGCACCGCUAUGAGGUUCACCCAUAUGGGACCCUCCCAGUGGGUCCUGGCCCAGAAUUCAAAACCACUCUUAGGGUUCAGAACCUAGGCUGCUAUGUGGUCAGUGGCCUCAUCAUCUCAGCCCUCCUUCCAGCUGUGGCCCAUGGGGGCAAUUACUUCCUAUCACUGUCUCAAGUCAUCACUAACAAUGCAAGCUGCACAGUGCAGAAUCUGACUGAACCCCCAGCACCCCCUGUGCAUCCAGAGGAGCUUCAACACACAAACAGACUGAACGGGAGCAAUACUCAGUGUCAGGUGGUGAGGUGCCACCUAGGGCAGCUGGCAAAGGGGACCGAGGUCUCUGUUGGACUAUUGAGGCUGGUUCACAAUGAAUUUUUCCGAAGAGCCAAGUUCAAGUCCCUGAUGGUGGUCAGCACCUUUGAGCUGGGAACCGAGGAGGGCAGUGUCCUACAGCUGACUGAAGCCUCCCGUUGGAGUGAGAGCCUUCUGGAGGUGGUUCAGACCCGGCCUAUCCUCAUCUCCCUGUGGAUCCUCAUAGGCAGUGUCCUGGGAGGGUUGCUCCUGCUUGCUCUCCUUGUCUUCUGCCUGUGGAAGCUUGGCUUCUUUGCCCAUAAGAAAAUCCCUGAGGAAGAAAAAAGAGAAGAGAAGUUGGAACAAUGAAUGUAGAAUAAGGGUCUAGAAAGUCCUCCCUGGCAGCUUCUUCAAGAGACUUGCAUAAAAGCGGAGGUUUGGGAGCUCAGAUGGGACAAGAAGCCGCCUCUGGACUAUCUCCCCAGACCAGCAGCCUGACUUGACUUUUGAGUCCUAGGGAUACGGUUGGCUAGAGAAGAGGCUUUACCUCAGACAAGAAGAGCUGGCACCGAAACUAGCCAUGCUCCCACCCUCUGCUUCCCUCCUCUUCAUGAUCCUGGUUCCAUAGCCAACUCUGGGGCCUUUCUUUGGGGUCCUUUUAUCCCCAGGAACCAAUCAUUUUUUUGCCUAGGUGCCUGACUCCUUUCAGGUUCCCUCUUAAUCUUCCCUCACAGUUUGGAAAGGAUGAGAGUUAUCUUCCUCGAUUCUUCCACCCUCUCACCUUCCUGCCUGUUCCCCACUCCACAGGAGGGAGCUGACGUUGGCUUGAAAGGAGUAAAGUCAACAUCUGCUGCUUUCCUGUGGACUCUGGUGAUUCAUAGAGCCGGAUGGGGAGAGUCAACAGGAAAAAAGGAGGGAGGAGGAAAAGCCACAAGAGACAUUCUGUACAAUUCCAAGGAACAGAGAAGCCUUUAGACAGGCAACUGCCAUCCCCCCUGAAACCUGAGACCUGUGGUGCACUCGCCCGCCCUCAGGUGUUGGUGAAACAGAGCUGCCCCCAGGCUUGCUGGGCAUAGGCUUCCUGAUUCCAAGCCUUUUCUGGGAGCAAAGCCAGGGCCUGGUGCCUGAUUUUCUGUAGCCAGGAGCCCUCAGGUGGCUGGAGCUGGAAUAGCAGGGAGGACUGGGUGUACCUAGGCAGUAUUUUCUCUACUUCUCUCAAGUCUUAUACUCACUCUUGAGCCCUCCUUAGGGCCUGCUUAGAAGGCAGACAGAAGAGAGAGUACUGCUGCUUGAUGAUGGGAAAUGCUUUCACUUUACCAGCUUUGGGAAGCAGCAGCCGCAUGGGAUCUAACGUGAGGGGUCCGCAUUAAGAAGCCUUCAAGAGUGGCAUGGGACUGUGGGGAGCAAGCCCUUACUUGCUCAGCACUGGUUAUACAGCACAAAUAGCUCCUAGAAAGAUGUUUCUGGGGCAACCCUAUAGAACCUUGGUCAUGUUUUGCAGGGUUUCUCUGGUGGAAUCAGUUUGCCAGCCCUUGCUUGGUGUUUACUGGAAAUCUCCAGGUUAAUUUCUAUCUCUGACCCCUCCCCAACCUACUCCAUAUUUGGGUCAUGGCCAGUAAAGGCAGUUAGAGUCUCAUAGACAACUGGGUAACUUAUAUUUCUUUGUAAUCGAGACUUGAGAUAUCGAAGUCAGUUACUGAUCUCCAGAGUGCAGCUCUGAGAGCCUUUUGAAGAAUCAGCACUCGUUUAGAGCUGAGAAGAGAGAAGACCUGAUUGGGUGGUUGACUAGCAGUCACAGAACCUGUCCUCCCAGGCUGUUCCUGAGGCCUGACCACAGUGUUUAUUUUGACAUGUCUCUGGCCUUCUGCAGAGGCCCACCCUCAUGGGCAUUGUCUCUGUUUCCCAGCAGGGUGGACGGUGUAUCAGAUGGUCAGAACAAAUAAAGUUCAGUGUCAAAUG